UAUCAGAUUUCCUACCCGCACGAAUAAAAGUUUCGAGGGUGCCGAUUGCCGAAGCAUCACCUAAAAAAUUCAGUAGCCCCUGCAGCAUUUUUCUGUUCUCACUAAGUCUGUGAAAUGGUGGGCAUCCAGCAAAUCGUUUUUAUCAUUGUCCUUGCGACUGCCGUGGACGGAUUCUUUUUCAACUGGUUGAAGCCUAGGAAAUCAGGUAUAUGUGGCCUCAAGUAUAAUAUAUAUUUAAUAGACUACGGGGGUUCAACUUAACUACAAGUACGAGGUUCAUUAUUUGCGCGCUAGUUACGCCAUAUUCUAUACUGUCGCCAUCUCAAGUAAGCAAACAGUAUAACCACGUGUUGUACAAAAUUUGCCACAGAGUCAUUAUAUAGUAUAGAAUUCUAAAGGCAUUGCAUGACGACAUAAAAACUGGCGCAAAUGACGAAUUCAAUGUAAUUUUGUACUAUUGUGAUCUUAUUGUUAUAUUUGGAUAUCAUUCAAUGUAUUAUUGCGUAUAGUUUGAACUAUUGGUAUUAUACAGACAAAAGGAAAAGAGUCGAACACCACUUAGAAACAUGGUGCAAAGAUUGAAAUCUACAAGACUAUAACAAAGCAACUGAUGUACAAUUGAUGCGAAUGGGGCAUUUGCAUCGUUGCUUGUCUUGAUAUUAUUAAAUUACCAAUGCUCAGACCUUGCUAGCUGUGUAAAUAUUUGUGUUGAUUCAACUACCAAAUGAAUAAUGCACCUAUACGUAUGUCUGUUCAAUGUUAUUGAAUAAAGAGCGCUGUUAGCGCUCGAUGCCUUGGUGACCUUGAUUAAUUAAUAAUUUUGACCAAAUGUCAAGUUGUCAACUAAAAUAAUAACUCACGCAUAUUAGUUUGUUUUUGUGGCCCACACUCAUUGUUUGGCAAAAUUAAUCUUUCUGUCCGUAUGCACAGAUAUUCAUUAGGAUGACGGAGGAUUCUGUUAUAGUUAUAUGGAUGAAAAGCUCUGCCAAAUAACGAUUUGAGAUUCGGAACCUCGCAUACACAAUUUCUUUGCAGUUUUAGGACUAUUUUCAAAUCGAAAACGAAAGCAAUUCUAUACUCUAUAGGUAAAGUUUUUCUUAAUUUACAAACAGUUUAAUUUUUCAAUUGGCCAAUCAUAAUAUGUGCACCAGACAUAAUUGACAUAACUACAUAAAUGGAAAAUUGUACACCAGCUUGAACACCAAAAUAAUCUGUUGUGCACUGGACAUGCAACGCUUUUAUUCAAUAUGGCAAAUAAACAUGGUGUUUUCCAGCAAACAAUGCAAAUGUCAACCAUGGUCAACGUUUGUCAUCGUCAUGUUCUUAAUUAACCUUGUCCCUCAGCUGGAUUCUCUCAAGGCAUGUUGUAUUGUGUCUCAAAACUUUUUCUCGCUGCUGACGUCAUUUUUCUAUCAUUUUCUAAUGAUCUCAAUUCUUGUAUUAUAUACAUUCAUUACUCAGCUCACUCCCCAUCGGGGCAUUUCAGUGACCCAAAUCAAGUAUUAUAUAUGCUUCCUUGUAUUAUCGGUGUUUUCCAACAAACAAUGCAAAUGUCAACCAUGGUCACGUUUGGGCUAUCUUUAAAACAGGGAAUGGGGAAUCCGGGAAUCGGGGAAUCCGGGAAUCGGGGAAUGUCAUGACGUUUGCCAUCGUCAUGUUCUUAACCUUGUCCCUCGGCUGGAUUCUCUCAAAACUUUGUCUCGCUGCAUUAUUCACAAUUCUCGUAUUACAUACAUACAUUCUUCAGCUCACUCCCCAUCGGGGCUUUUCAGUACGUGACCGAUUAUAUCAAGUACUAGAAGUUACUAUCGCAAGGAAAAUGCUGCCUCACCCCCAAGGGCUGGUACCAUGCGCAAUUUGCUGAAUAAGGGGCAGUUUAUACGAUCCCGUUUCGCCAGGACGAGAUAUGAGGAGGGAUGAUUUCGAUGUAUUGAAAUGAGUCACAGUGCACAAUUCACCAAAGAAACAUUAUUUUCUAGAGAUAGAUUAUAGUUAACUGUGAACAAAAGGUUGUUCAAGCAGCAAUUAUAUAUAAUCUUCUUGAACUACAAGUAACAAGAUCUUCUCUACAAUACUUGCAUGAGUUCUGUUAACAAGCAUUUGAGCUUUCGUUUAGUCUAGUCAAGUAUUAUAUAUGCUUACUUGUAUUACUUAUACUUGCCGGACUAUUUAUCUUUACAACAAUAUUAUUAAAUACUGUCUGAAGAAGUGUGUAGAAGGUGAACAGUUUAAAACUGUAGUAUAAGUCAAGUGGAUAAAAAUAUAAAACAAUGGUAACUCCGAAAAUAAACAUUUUCGAAAAAAAAAUUGUAUAUAUUUUAUUAAGAUACUCAGUGGUUCCCCGUAAUUCAAGUGGAUAAAUAGAUUUAUAAUAUGCUAUAGAUGUUUCGCGCAAAGACUCGCGGCAUGUAGUGUAUGUACUGUAGCAUAUCAACCGUUCACUACAUGCGGUGUUUUUUUUUGGACAAGCUUUCGUUGGUAGGGAUACAACUACAGUACCUGAAAUAUAUAAGGAGAAUUUCGACGUUUCCAGCAAAGGCCAUUCGUCUGCCGUCACAGUAACACUUAAAAUUUGUAAAAUUUAAUGACAAUUUAUAACCUUCUUAUGUAGGCUAUGGGGAGGGGGCGGUAUUAACUCGGGUAUUAAUACAAACAGAUCGAGCGUUAUAUGUCCACCAUCAUCGACAUCCAACGAUGAAAAUUUUGUCCAUAAAUGAAAUAAUUGGUAACAAACAUGUAUGAACUUAAUUUUCACACUUGUAUAUGAUAAUACUUCAUUUCACUCCGACGAAUGAUGAUGAAACGUUAGUAAGUUUCGUUAACCGUUAGUAAUUAUUCACAGUGUUCAGAUUUUCUUGUGGUAUGGACUUAGUAGCUUCAGUGUUGGAUAUCGAUCACACCGCAUAAAGCAACACUGAUCGUCAGUUAAUAAAAUCUGCAGUUUAUAAGUUAAUAUUUUGAUAAAAACAGACUAUUUUGUGUUGUAAAGGUGCAAAACAGAUGACCUGGAUCGACUAAGUAAUCAAGAAAAUUGAGGAAAAAUCAACAUUUAUUACAAUCAUUUCACAAGUCACAAUUAAAGAAAAUUAAUUCAGGUUCACGAUAAAUAUUUUGAUAGAAUUAAAAAGGUUGUUGACAUGCAUGCCGAUUAACUUGACUUGGUCUGCCUUUCAUAAUUCGAAUCAGGAAGCAAGAUGAGCCUUUUAAAAUUCCCUUUGUAUUUUAAGCACUAUUUGGAUCAACUCGAUAAUAGUACAUGUCGCACAUGAUGCACUUGGUCCUGGCAAAAAUUAUUGUGGACAGCGCGCGCGGAAAUACAAAUACCUGCUUUGACCAACAUAUACGUGCAAAAAGAGCAAUUUUCAACUUUCCCCUCCCCCUUGGUUCAAUGUUGACAGCUUAGAAAUUGGUUAGGUUAAAGCUUUGUGAAAUGAAUGUCAAAACCAACAUUGUAGGGGGGAGCGGGGGAGGCAAAGACGCCAACAUCACAACAUGUGUAUGUGACCAGUACAUGAACCAUGGCUGCCGCACCAUGGCUGUGCAGGUUAGGGGGGGGGGGGGCUAACUUUGUGUAACACUCUUUCAAUAAACAUGAAUACACAUGAAGUACAAAGUACAAACAAUAAAAUAUAGCCGUUGUAACACAGAUGCCAAGUCUUCAGCUUUCGGCUGUUGUCUCCAGCUGAGCUAAAAUCUCCCCAAUUAAACAGCAAAUUCUCUACUAAGUCCUUUAAAUAAAGAAUGGUUAAAUGUCUUUAAAGUUCAAGAUAGUACGUUCAUAUCAGUUGCAACCAUCUCUUAGCAUAAGUCGUUAUUGGAACAUUAGUAAAAUGUACAAUAUGUUAUUAAAUAACUUCAGAAUGCAGAAAAGAUGAGAAAUUAAAUUCUAGUUUGUCUUUUUAACUCUAAUAUGUUAUUAUGUAUAAUAACUAAUAAUUUCAAUUAUGGGAUAAUUACAAAAUGUGAAUGCAUGCAGUUCAGUAGCAAAAAUGCAGUUUUUCACAUUCUUUUCUUUGCACGUACACCACGUGCUGUGCCUAUUUUUAAGAGGGAGAAAACUUUGGAAUACCGGGGAUAAAACCCCGUGCACAACCCGCGCUUCUCAUAAAAGAGGCAAUAGCCCGUCACCCGGUUAAAAGUGACGACUAGAUCGACAGUGGUGCGACUGCGCGCAUCCAAAUACGCCGGGACAGAAUACGUAAUUUUAAAAAAAUCCAAGAAGCAACAUCACACAUGCAUGAAGUAAGCUAGCUGACAAAUUGAUCAUGUCGUUAUUUGUAAAACAGUAGAGUGUCUAUUAAAAGGUGGAACAUGGAAGGAAUAGUAUUACGUGCCAGUCCCCACUGAUUACUGGUACUGUGCACAAAAAGAAUUAAUUAAAUUGGCAAAAUUAGAAUAAAAAAAUAUAAUCCAUAAGGAUGAAUAAAUUAUGUCGUUUGAUAUUAUUAGAUAUUUCGGGAUUAUAAUUAUAUAAUUAUUAAUAACAGAAACCGUUGCAGCUAGUUAAUAUUAUAUUAAUCUCCGCAUUUUGGUAUAGGGUAAGCUUUUUGGUAAACCCGGAUUAAUUUCCCGUUGUAUGCAUGUACCCAAACCCCACUCUAUAUAUAUAUAUUCAUGAAUAGAAACUGAUUUUAACUAAAUGAUUCUAACUAAUGUUUUUUUUCCCUGUAUUUAAAGUGCCAGCAAAGAAAUGGAGUGAUUUCCAUGGUAAAUAUACUGAAAACCUAUUUUUCGACAGAAAUACCUGCUCAAGCAUCAUCGCCUGGCUGGUGUACAAAAUGCAAACUUGAGAUCAUUAUACGCAAUAUUAGGUUUUCGCAUGCCCAGAUUAUUGGGUAAAUAUCAAGAUUUUGGGCACUCGCUCGAUAGUAUAUACUGAAUCUAUAGAUGGGAUUUUUGUAGAUGUAAUUAAGAACUUAUUGGUAUCCUGGUUAGGUCUAAAUUGUACAUGAAUUUUCGUUCCAAAAAUGGACCCUGCAUGUUGUAGAUCAGUGGUUAUAGCGCUGCACCGAAAUCGCAGGGCUGCCCGUUCGAUUCCUGCCAGAGGGUUUGUGUAGGUGCCCCAGUUAGGUUUAACAUGCAUGGUAUUUAAAUUUUCGCUCGAAAAUUUCAUCUACAAAAAUCCAAUCUAUAAAAUUUCAUGGCCUCGCAACAAACUGAACAAAGACCAAGAAGGACCUCAUUAUUUUCGUAUGUUGUCCCAUUGUUACAACCACUAAACUCUCUAAACAUUUGCAUGAAUAAGAACAAUUAAUUAAUAACAAGAGGGCAUUCGGAUACCUCCGCCACCGAAUUAAGUUAAGUAUAAUGCAUAAAUUACGCAAUGAGCUGCAUGGCAAUGUGCAUUAAUUCCACAUAUUUUCGCACUAAUACAUUUGAUAGUUUUUGAGUCAUCAAGCUAACAAACACACACACACAAACACAGGCAGACGAACGGACGCGGAUGAAAACAUACCCUCCUGGCGGAGGUAACAAAUCCACUUGAAAUUUAUAUUCUAAGAAAUAUACACUGGACUAUAUAUAUAGUGACUUUCAAGAAAUUCACUGAUCUACCUGAAACUUCCAAAGAAGCUGAGGAUGAUGGCUGGACAAAAACCGCAUCGUGUGGUGGUAGGUAUAAUUUAUGCCAUAUUUGUAUGCCACACAGCCCACACGUAAACCUAUUAUGGCAUGCUAUAAAUAUACUACUAUAGAACAUAAACGUCUACUAAAGCAGUUAUUCGGUCAUGUUAUAUUAACAUUUUUUGUCUAUAUUAUAUAUAUAUAUAUAUACAUUUGUAAAAUGUAAUGAUCGGGAAUUAAUAUAUUUCUUCACAAAAUCAUAUAGCAUCAUCUUACUUCAAUGGCAAUCGUUAUGUCCUCUACAAUGACAAGUCCACAAUGGUGCUUUAUGAUUACAAUGGAGAUAUUGCAGGGAUGCAGUUUGGGGUAAGUGCGUGAAUUAAUAUUAGGGAGCUUAAGCAAGCGAUGUUUUUGUCAACACGCGGACGUCAGAUUACCGAGGGGAGAUUGGAUUAAAAACUGUGUUUGUGGUAAUCUUCAGCAUAUAUGACAAAACAUAAGAUUUUUAUACUUUUUUGUUUCCUUACAUGAGCGCUAUGAUGCAAAAUGCCGCCAAUAUUAGUUCUACCAAUUUUUGGGUGACGUCCGUGUUGACAAAAACGUUGCUUGUUUAAGCCCUGGGCAAACUGGGAAACAUUGUUUCCUACCAAUGUUUCGCCGUGUUUCCCAGAGUAGGCAAACACUAGGUAACAUUAGUGAGAAACAUAGGGAAACAUCAAAUGUUUCUGAAUUUGCUAGGAAACAUUUUUGCUUCUCGGGGAGCAAAUUUUGUUUCCGCAACAAUGUUUCCACGGGUGGGCAAACAGGGAAACAUUUGAGGAAACAUCGAGAAUCACAAAUGUUUCCUAGUUUGCCCAGGGCUUUAAGCUCACUACUAAUGGUCGGAGCAAGCGCCUUUCAUCUCUGCAUGUGAUCGCGGGUUUGAUCUAGCUGUGUGCUCAUGACAAGAAAAGCGUCAGUGAAUCAGUCAAUGCUCUACUGAAAGCGGUGUUAUUUUUAAACUUCUUAAAUUUCUAAACACAUUGUUAUUCAUUUUAUGUGCGAAAAUGUGUAAUUAAACAUCAAAUAAUGAUAAUAAUACCCUCAGUUACUUAUCUAACCAAAAAUCGCCUCCAGCAUUUCCAAAUCAAGCAUUUUUCUUGAACAGUUAAUUUGAAGUCCCUAAUUGUGAUGUUGUAUUCUAGAUUGAAUAAACUUCUUCUCGUCGUACAUAUACAACUUUAUAUGUCCUCCGAAAUAAGCAAAAAGUCAGUUUACCAAUACCUCUCUAAUUCCUCGUGAAGAAAUUUAUCAAACCUGAUACCGUAAAACUUGCAGCAUUUAAGCUACAACCAACUAGAAUUAGAUGCAUGCUGCAAGCCCUUUUCAACAUGACGGUAUUUUUUAUUAGUUAUGGCAAAACGCUGCCCAAAGAAUUGUUGCCCAAUCAGUGCAAAUCAUGAUGAUGUGAAUUCGUUUUACAAAAUGACAAAUAGUGCAAAGAUUUUAAAUACUUUUAACCAGGGACUCCGGAACGAUGUGAAGGCAAGGGGGCAGAUUUUCGUGAAAGGGCACUUUUGAAUUGAUAUAUACUAAGAGAUGUUUGCAAAACAUCGGGAGUUGAACUUCGCCUAAUCAUGUUUUCUAUUUAUUGAAUGAUAGGAGCGUGAGGGGGUUCUCCGCCAGGCAAUUGUGCUAUUCUUGAAGCUCGAUGACUGCAUUUCUUGCAUUUUCUGAAGCAAAUUCGUAAAAGAAUUGCACUAACAUUUCUGACAAUUCGCUAUUUCGCUAAGGCAAUCCUUUAAAUUGAAAGGACACUUUUGCCCCCCCCCCUGCUCUUCCUGGUAAAGGGCAACGGGGGCGGCUGCCCCUCCUGCCCCCCAGUUCUGGCGUCCCUGCUUUUAACUGUUAUAAAAUUUGUGAUUGCAUGGUGUUAGGUCGCGGGUUCGAUUCGCACUGUGGUCAAGCAAACUUUUCAGUUUGUCCAUUUUGGAAUUGGACGCACUCAGUGAAAACAUCAUCUCAAAUCAUUUCACCUUAGAACAUACGACACAAUCAUAACAUUCAACUGAUUUAAUGUAAAAUUAAACCUUUGACGAUUUGUGAAACGUUUCGAAAUGUUCAUAAAACGAAUUUCAUGGAUUUCAAUAACUCACUAAUCAAUAACUCACCAAUCGAUAAAUCGAUGAGCGCUGUUUCGAUGCUGCAAGAGAGCAUUUCGUUCGAGACAACGACUGUUUGGUAUUGUCAGGAGUGCAAAAUUUACUAACAAAAUUAUAUUAUUUAUUUGUGAUGUUGUCUCUGAGUGUGUCCAUACUGGAGAAGCAGCUGAAAAGUUUGCUUGACUGCUGGUCCAAUGUUCUACUAACUGAGCCACGAGGUCAAGUCGGUUCGAUUGUGUGAUAUUUCGGAACUUAGUCUUAAGGCCCAUUUCCACUCAAGAAAAAUUUCCACGGACACAAAAUUCUCCGAAUAUAUCAUUGUUAAAAUGUUCUUUCCGCGGAAAAUAUUCCUGAGUGGAAAUGGGCCUUUAGUCUAGUUCCUUCGAUAUCAGUGUUUUUACGAUCUUUGAAUUUUUUGUUUCUAGCAAACCAAAGGUUGCGGGUUCGAUUCCCACCGCGGUCAAGCAAACGUUUCAGAUUGUCCGGUGUGCACACACUCAGAGACAACAUCACAAAAAAUAUUAACUUCUUAUUAAAGGUGAUCUACAGUCCGUAUGUAAACAAAGCCUUUGUUUACAUUUUUGUGUCCAAAAUAUUGAGCUUUAUUCGACAACUAUUUAUAUUUUCAAGCUUCUAGAGUAUAAUAAAUGAUCAAGAAACAACAAUCAGGCUUUUCAAGAACUCAAAACAUAGUGAAACUGUUUGUAUCAUAAAAAGUGGGCUCAUUUGUGCACAUGCGCAGAUCGGACUGUAGAUCACCUUUAACCGAGCGCGAGGUCUUUAUAGAGAAAUAUCGAACCGAGGUCUUUUUUAUACAGACCAAACCCGUAGGGCGAGGUUUGUGCAAAAAGACCGAGGUCCGAUAUUUCUCUGUUUGGACCAAGCAAGCGAGGUUAAUAAAAAAGUUUAUUAUAUGGCAUUUAUAGUCUUUUAUACUUGAAACAAACAAGAACUGUAUGAUUUGAAAUGCAUAUUACUGAUAUUAGUAGCGUGGUACAUAUUUGAGUGGUCGAAGAAAGCAAAAAAUACCAAUGUAUUCCUUCCUUUCCACUUCAAACCAUUCGCAGAUAUCAAUCAUAUUAAUAACAAACUAAAUUAUAAUUUCCAUUCAGUUUUGCUGUUUUGUUUUAAAAUGCAUGCGUUUGUUUUUACGUAAUGAACCGCCGGACAUUACGGGAAAAUAAUGAACCGCUGAAAGUGCUUCUCAGCCAAUCACACUCCGCCAUUUCACCGGAAGUGAUGCUUGCCAUAUAAUAUGAGUGCAUAACAUCAGAAACAAAAAAUAUUAUUUAAUAAACAACUAGUAUCUUUUGUUUUGUAUAGAUUGCAAAAUCCUUGGCUACGGACUUAAGUUUCAAGAACAAGAGACAUUGGAAUGAGGAAAACGAUUCUUUAGUAAUCACAGCGUACUUUACCCAUCCCUCCGGCAUUUGUAACGGAAAGCGCACCGAAGAUAAUCUGUAUAUUCAAGUCGGAAAUUCUCCAGAUGACGUGAUGCGUAUUCCUUACCUGGAAAGUGAUCUGGGCUCUACUCUGUGGGUGAAAGGAAAAUGUUUCUUUUUCAUGGGUAAGACAUUUUUGUGCAACUAUAAUAUUCAGUAAAAAUUCGCAUAAGAGAACCCUGGCCGCUAAUGGCGGCUGAAAAUUGCUUAUUAGUGGAAAGCAAGUUCUAAGAGCAGUUACAAUUACGGUGCUACAUACCUAAUUAUACCAAAAUAUGCUUCACAGGCCUUUCCAAAAACAAGGGGAGAAGUAAUCCUUCGAAGUUUUAAUUUAUAACCAGCAAACAGGCACGGGUAUCCAUUACGGCCUGCGAAAGAGGUAGCUCUCUUGUUUAGAAAUCAACCGCCUGAGUGAACGAGCCUAACGAAGAUACAUUGUAUCUAAACAUAGUCUUUGGAGACAUGGUCUGGAAACUCAGUAAACUUCAAAGCGGUUUUAAUGAGCUGGGAUUUUAUGUUGAGCCGUAACUUACACCGUGCACAUCCUUUGUUUUAGGUUUAUUAAUACUUCAAACACUCAUUAACUAGAAAAUACAUGCAUGCGGAAACCCUCGCCUUGCUGACAAAACCAUUGUAUUUUCCGAACAUGAAGUAUCUAAAGUAGUUGUCAUGGUAACACCAAAGAUUAGAUACUAUAAAGAUGUGCCACUCUGUGAAAAUUAUGUCCGAGAUUUUUUUAUAGCCGCCAUUUUGCCAGUAAGUGUCAAAUUCGUCAUAUAGCGCGAGCAUCGCGAUGGCAACAAUGGCAACCUAUUGUAUUCAGUCUCGCCGUCAUCUCGCGUGAUCACUCGUGAUCAGCACGGAAAAUUACGGACACGCAAACAUUAGGGAAAUACGUCGAGUGGCACAUCUUUAUGGUAUCUAAUCUUUGGUAACACGAUAAUUUUUUAAGAAUAUUCUUACAAAUGAAAAAUCGCCUAAAAAUAUCACUUUUAAUUACAAAAUUAUUAAUUUCCCAACAUAUAUAUGUUAGGUAUUUUAUUAUACGUAAUAUAAGCUUUUUAUUAUACGUAAUUUAAGGUAAAAUUCAACCACAAACGCUUCGCAAAACGUUUUAAAGUCACUAGUGUUCUUUAUAAAACUAAACUGCUUUUAAAAUGGUUUUAUCGAUAAACUUUGAGUUUGUAAUAAAAUGAUUUCAAAUUCUCGCUUGCAAAUAACUUUGCUUUCUUUUUUAUUUAAAAAAUUCAAUAUCAUAAAGAAGGGAAUCAAUAUUAAAGAUACACUGAAAUUAUAUGCUGUCUUGUUUAGUUGUUUCAUAUACGCAAAGGCCGUCGGGUUUUAAAGCCAUUAUAAAAUCAAUAUUUAAAACAAACUUACCUUCGUUAACGUCGGCUCCCUUCUUUUAGCCGAUUCUUUCGCAGUUCCUUUCUGAGAGAGCUUUUGAAAUUUACAAAAUCUUGCAAAAAUGCGAGCAAAAAUGAAAUAAAUUUGCAAGAAAUUUAUCAAUCAUCAUUCAUAUAUCAAAUCAAGAAAUGUUUGCUAUUUCGCUGUCGUCAUGCAGUCGUUAUAAUGCAAACUUUAAAUUGGACCAAUCAGUGUCCGCUAUUCAUGACAGUCCGCCAUAUUUUUGAGAUCAGUGAGGAUGACCACCCACCCCAACAUCGUUGGUCACCCACGCCCGCGAUAAUUGAUGAACUUUAGACUUCGCUAAUCCUUUCGUUUCCCCGGGUGUAAAUAGCCGGGGGGAAUUAGUACCCUCGCACGGCGCUUCGCGCCGUCGGCUCGAGGAUAAUUCAUAAGCUUAUUGGCAAAUCAUGUCAACCAUAAUAUGUCACGUGCAGUGGCUUUAAACCUGAUCAAACACACUCGUAAUUAGUAUUCUUUAUAUAACUAGAAUACUAAUAAGGCAGUAUCUAUUGUAGUCGUGCCCUCAUUAGUAUUAUUUAUAUAAAGAAUACUAAUAAGGCAGUAUAUCUUUAAACCUAAUAAAACACGACCUGCGAGUUUAUUAAACAGUACUUAAAUAGCAUGGUUGAAUGACUGAACUGAAACGUUGCUAUUGGAUAAUUCGUUGAUUAUACUGACAUACAAUGUGUUCAUUGACCGUGCACCAUGCACAAAACUGCAUAAACGCGAACAAAAAGAUAGAACAAAGACCUAAAUUUAGCGGAGUUUCCAAACCAUGUUUUGAAAGACUACGAUCUAAAUCGGAAUCUUUGCUUGAAAUAACAAUUCUCAAAUAUUAACACUGGCUUACUGAUUAUAAUACAAUUUAAAACAAUAAACCAGCAAAUCCUGUAUUCCACCAGGUGAAUUUGCUCGCGCGAAGCGAAAAACAAAUUUCGGCAAUGACAAUGUGCUUGGUUAGCGAAAACAUUCGCCGCGGAAAAGUAAUUGGAUCGCUUGGAUGCUAACCAAUCACGUUGGCGAAUUUAUUUUUCGCUUUGCGCAUAUUAUUAAAAUUUCACGCUACCCGACGAUAGCCGUACCCGCAAGUCGGAACCAAGGUAUCUUAUAUUAGCUCUUAAGCUCUCUAUUGUUAUAAUUUGUUAUAAUUUGAUUAUUUAUUAUGCAAUGUCUACUGACUUCAUUUAGGUCAACACUACUGGUACAACAUAUCUAAAGAAAUGAGUUGCGAUGAUUCGUUCCCAGUGUUUUUAUUGUACCAUAAGGGUAAACUGACGGGCUUUGGAUGGGCAAUGAUUGCUGAUCUCAAGACAAGACGUGUGGAACAUCCAACACCUAGUGAACUUGGGGUAAGUUUAUGUAAAAGUUUGUACUAUUAAUUUAAUCACGCUUUCCUUACAGGAGGGGUUUACAGAUUACUUUCGUGAGCAACGUCACACUAUUUACAUGGACUUGAGUAGUUACUAUUUACAUGGACUUGAGUAGUUACUAUUUACAUGGACUUGAGUAGUUACUAUUUACAUGGACUUGAGUAGUUACUAUUUACAUGGACUUGAGUAGUUACUAUUUACAUGGACUUGAGUAGUUACUAUUUACAUGGACUUGAGUAGUUACUAUUUACAUGGACUUGAGUAGUUACUAUUUACAUGGACUUGAGUAGUUACUAUUUACAUGGACUUGAGUAGUUACUAUUUACAUGGACUUGAGUAGUUACUAUUUACAUGGACUUGAGCAGUUGCUAUUUACUUGGACUUUAGUAGUUACUAUUUACAUGGAUUGGAGUAGUUACUAUUUACAUGGAUUGGAGUACCGGGUGUCCCAAAAAAAGUAUUCCGGUUUGAUUCUUAAUAACUUCAAAGCGAGUGAAGCAAUUAGACUCAAAUAACCUUCAUUAAAUACAGGAAAGGCUAACUUAGAUAUUGAUAUAUUAGAUGUAAGUUGUUGCUCAUUAUUUAGUGAGAUACUAACGUUUGAAUUUAUGCACGUUUUUGAUUGAUUUUUAAAAUUACCCAAAAACAAGUUAAGGGGUAAUAAAUUUUCUUGAACGGCCUAUUCAUAUUUUGAGUAGUCUCAAACGAACAAAACACAGUUGACUGUUUCUAUAAGUUUGAAUAGGAUGAUUAUGGUAGUUUAAAUAAUACUGUUCUAGCCAUCUUUUUGCGAUUACAUAUUACUGUAUCAGCGCUAUAUUUUUGAUACAUUUUGUUCCAAGAAUGUUGCAUGUCUCUGAGGAGUUGCAUGUUAUGUUAUGUUCAGUGUUAUGUUAUGGUUUAAUUGUGUUUCAUUUUGAGUAUGCCAAGAUUAACUAAGGAUCAAAGAGUUUGGAUUUGCUUAGAGUAUGCAAGAUUCAAAAAUGUGGCAGAAGUUAGAAGACGAUGGCCGGGUCGCUGGCGUAAUACUCCUGCCCCGACAAAACGAACAAUAAUUAGCGCAACACACACUAGAAGUUUUUGCAUGAAGCGACAUGCCACGAUUCUAUGGUCCCCGACGAGCUAGGCAAUGCAUUCGUGUUAGAGUUCACACGAUUCCGAACGAAUAAAUUUUCUCGUAAUAAUACGUUUUUAAGUUGAGCAACGCUUGCAUGGUUAAUAUUUGAUACGCCGAUUUUCGCCAAUUUUUCACCACCACCAUCACAAUCACCAUCAUUUUUAGGGGAUUUUUCAAUUAUAAAAUUAUUAUUCAUGAAAUUAUCGUGUUACCAUGACAACUACUUAUACUUCAUGUUCGGAAAAUAUAAUGGUUUUGUCAGUAAGGCAAGGGUUCCGCAUGCAUGUAUUUUCUAGUAGUCGUAGAAUUUUUCCGAUUGCGGUUUGUCCGCUUCUUGCGAUUGCGCAACUCCUGCGAUUUAAUGGAAACUAGGCUUAACGACUUGCUGGAAGUUGUUUUUAUCAUCUUGCAUACGCGAAUUAGCAUAGUUAAAGUUCUAAUAACACUUUUUAAAUGUCAAGAAACCUCUUUUAAAUUGUUUUUACAGUAUUUCUUUGAAUCGAAGACACAGCCCAAGUGUUUGAAUACAGCAGGAGCUCUCACCACUCAACAUAUCUACUUGAAAAAGUAUCCGUUAACAAUUCUCUGCAAUCCAUUCAAAAACCUCUUGAGUGGCUAGAUGAAGAAUAAUUUGAUUCAUGCAUGCAUGCUAUUCAGUUAUUAUACUAAAUAUUAUGUACUAGCCAUGCAGAUACGAAUAAUACGAUACCUAUAAAUUUCAUAACUAGAAGAGUAAUUAUCAACACUUCACAUUUGGAUAUAAUUAAAUAUGGUUUAAAAUUGGAAUUAAAUAUGGUUUAAAAUCUUUUUAUAGUAAUAUGAAAUGCAAAUCAUCCAUAUUUUUUGUCUAAGUUUAUGGAAAAGCGUACGUGGU